AUGGCAUUUAUUAAACUUCUUGUAACUAUAAGCCUAAUUUGUAUUGAAUUGGCGGUAGCGGUGACACCGGCACUCAUCCUAACGCCAUACAUCGAAGCGAACAAGACCGAGGCGGCCAGAAACCUCUCCACCGUGGACCCUUCGCUGUUCCUGAACGUCACGAGCUACUCCGGCUUCCUUACAGUAGACGAGAGCCACGGCUCGAAUCUGUUCUUCUGGUACUUCCCUAGCAACAACACCGAAAGGAACAGGAGGCCAUGGAUAAUUUGGCUCCAAGGAGGUCCCGGCGCCAGCAGCCUGGCUGGCCUCUUCGACGAAAUCGGCCCGUUCGAAUACAAUAAAGACAUGGGAUUGAAACGUCGCGAAUUUUCUUGGUAUCAGGAGUAUUCUAUUGUGUUCAUUGACAACCCAGUCGGAGCGGGAUUCAGCUUUACCAACAGCAAGGAAGGCUUCGCUAGGAAUAUGUCGAUGUAUUCUGACCACUUGUACAAAGCGGUGGUGCAAUUAGUGGGGCUAUUCCCCGAAUUGCGGGAAGCACCGCUUUACGUGGCGGGCGAGUCUUACGCCGGUCACUACAUACCGGCCUUCGGGCAGAAGACGUUGGAAGAGAUCGCCAAGACUACCACCGGCAGGUUCCCGUAUAUCUUGAAGGGCCUGAUAAUGGGCAAUCCGAUAUUGGACCGCGAGAGCGUUAUGAACUACACGUCGGUGUUCUACAAUUGGGGGCUGAUAGACGCCCAGGGGGCGAUGGCCGCUGCCCAGCUUCAAGAGCAGUUCAUCCAGGCGAUCCGAAGUGGCAACAGCAGCGCAGCAGUGGUUCUCCGCGACGACCUUCUAAACAAGCUCCAAGACAUCGCCUCGCAGCCCGAGAUAUACAACGCGUUGAGCGAUUACGGCGAUUUCGAAGGUUUCAAGGAGUACGUGAAGUUGGACGCUGUGAGGGAGGCGCUGCACGUGGGGAACAUCCAGUUCACCUUCAGGAACUCCACCGUCCACACGUGCCUGGUGGAGGAUUUCCUGGCGAGGAUGUCCCCGAUAAUGACAUCGGUGCUGGAGCACUUCAAGGUCCUGGUCUAUUGCGGGCAGCUGGACCUGACGGCGGCGUGCGUGCCCUCGGGCGAGUGGCGCCGCCGCAGCUGGCGCUGGGCGGGCCGCGGCCGGUUCCUCGCCGCGCCCCGGCUGCCCUGGUACUACGGCGGACGCGUCGCCGGGUACGUGAAGAGCGGGGGCGGUUUCACCGAAGCGCUGGUGAGGGGCGCGGGCCAUUUGGCGCCUAUAGACAAGCCCGGCCAAGUGCUGCAGCUGGUCUCCUACUUCAUCAGGGGCCUGGACCUGCCCUCGCCGCCGAACUACGAGGCGGAGGCGCCGCCCGCCUACGCGCCCGUAGCGCCGCACCGCUACGACACCGCGCUCGCCGUGAGCGUGGGCUUCAACGUAGCGCUCGCGCUCGUAGCCGCCCUGCUCGCGGUCUACGCGGUCCGCUGGAGGCGGCGGGCGGCGGACUUCUUCUACUCGCCCGUAGACGACGGCGUGCUGACGAUGACG